AGUAAAUUGGCCUCGCAUUACCAAUAUGACUUCUUUAGCCUUAUAACUCUGUCCGUGGCCACCGCAUCCCUUCCACCAAUCUGUCUCAAUCUCUUCUGCCUCAAUCCGCGUACCUCCUCCCACCUCUCUUCCUUCAGCCAAUUUCAAUGGCCACAUCGAACCGGAACGAAGUCACUAUAGUCAGCUUCGGAGAGAUGCUCGUCGAUUUCGUCCCAACUGUUGCCGGUGUUUCCCUGGAGGAGGCGCCAGCUUUCGUCAAAGCUCCCGGUGGUGCUCCGGCGAACGUUUCCAUCGCCGUGUCACGACUUGGUGGUCGGUCCGCCUUCGUCGGAAAGCUUGGUAACGACGAUUUCGGUCGGAUGCUAGCCGCAGUUCUGCGGGAUAACGGCGUCUCCGUAGCCGGCGUUCGCUUCGACGGCGUCGCCCGUACGGCACUCUCUUUUGUCACCCUCCGUGCCGACGGCGAGCGCGAGUUCAUGUUUUAUCGACACCCUAGUGCUGAUAUGCUCCUUUCGCCCGACGAGCUUGAUCUAGAGCUCAUCAGAGAAGCUUCAAUCUUUCAUUUUGGAUCCAUAAGCUUGAUAGCUGAGCCUUGCCGAUCAGCACAUUUGAUUGCCAUGCAGGAGGCUAAGAAGGCUGGAGCCCUCCUAUCCUAUGACCCAAAUCUUCGGCUUUUGUUGUGGCCAUCAGCAGAGGAAGCCAAGAGUCAGAUGAUGAGUAUCUGGGAUCAGGCAAACAUCGUUAAGAUCAGUGAUACCGAACUUGAGUUCCUUACAGGCCAAUCCUUGGUGGAGGAUGAUGUAGUAAUGAGCUUAUGGCGACCAGAAAUGAAGCUUCUUGUAGUAACUCUAGGAAAGGAUGGAUGCAAAUAUUACACAAAAAAUUUUCGGGGGACUAUUGAAACCAUCAAGGUCAAGCCAGUGGAUGCGACAGGGGCCGGGGAUGCCUUUGUUGGAGCUAUGCUAUGGGGGAUUUCAAAGGAUCUAUCAACAUUGAUAGAUGAGAAGAAGCUGAAGUCGGUGUUGAGGUUUGCAAACGCUUGUGGUGCUAUUGCCACCACUAAGAAGGGAGCAAUCCCUGCUAUGCCUAGUGAAGCAGAGGUAUUGGACUUGCUGAAGAAAGCUUGAGACUUGUCUUGAGUCUCUGAACUGUUGGAUUUUGUUGUUCUUUUUUCCCUUUUUUAUAAUUUCAUUUCUCGUUAGUAACUUGCUAUGUACUGUAGUAAAGAAAAUUAGAUUUACCUCCGUCGGUAUCCUGAUAUGAUACUGCUGUAAUCUUUUUACUCUCUAAGGGGAAGUAAAUGAGAGAGAACAAAAUCUCAGUUUUACUGGAUGCGGACGUUCCCAAUUCCAUGUCUGUAUUUUUUCACAUUUUGGUUAACACGAAAAGAGAAUUUUCUUAUUA